AGGGAGAUCACUCGUAAACACGAGGCUCAUCGCGGAAUGGCGGACCCACACUGUAGCAGCAGACAAACCACCGCGACGCCCAGAAACACUUCUGCUACACACGAAAUAACUCACUACCUCAAUGUUGAGAAUGCAAAAUUUGUCGCUUUUAUUAUGAUUAUUGGUUUUAUUGCAUAUCAUGGAAUUAUACACUUAAAAUACGGCAAUGAUUCUUGCAAAUGGCUACUGAGUGAUGGGCGAUUCCCAGGAUAUAGUACAUGGCAACCAUAUGGAUGUAUGACUCAUAAAUAUACUAAAUCAGAUGUCCGAAUGUGUAUGCAUUACAUAUCAUACUGGGGAGGACGGAAUCACAUAGCUUUCGUUGGCGAUUCUCGUAUAAGGCAGCUCUAUUUUGAGUUUAUGAAGUUGGUGAGUACAACUGACAUACCAGAAAGGAAAGUGCACAACGACCUGCAUUAUGAUGAUGAUCAGAUUAGCGCCAGAGUUGACUUUCUUUGGCAACCAAUGGUUAACACAUCGAUGUACUAUGUAUACAAGUCCUGGCUUAUGAGUGGCCCAACUGCACGUCCAAAUCUCAUUGUUACCGGCAGUGGAACGUGGAGUAUAAAGCUAAAUAAUGCUAGUGAACAAGCUCUAAAGAAUUUUGAAGUCAACCUGACUAUGAUUGUGCCAUACUUGAACAAAUUGAAGAAUACAGCAACAAUAUUAUGGAUGCUCCAAGAUCCAGUCAACGAAGAGAAGCUAUCAGUGAAUCGUUCAAUGAUAACCAACCAACAGAUAGAUGACUACAAUAAAGUGGCCAUCCAGAUAUUGGAUAACAGUGCUGCUAGCAUUUGGAGUUCAUCACGUUUGGUUGGACAAGGCCUGAAGAAAGAAUCUGUUGACGGCCUUCACAUUCCAAGUUCUGCUUUAGAACUGGAUGCCCAAAUAUUGUUCAAUAUGUAUUGCAAUAACCAUAUGAACUACAAUGAUGGAACCUGCUGUCGGAGUCCAGAUCCAGUUUCUACUCUCCAAUUGAUUACAGCAGCUACUUUCUUAGUCAUUAUCAUAUCAGCCAUAGCAUUAUGGAUCUAUCGCAGAAGAAAAACACGCAGGAAUGGAGUUAAGGCACGUGCAGAAAAUGGUCCACGGAAUGGACAGACCAACUCACAGAACAAUAGUAGUGAUGGCUGCCAAGAAAUUGUCAACCAUUUGGCUAAGCUGGGAAUUAUAAUGUUUUAUUUUUAUCUCUGUGACAGGACCAACUUCUUCAUGAAAGAAAACAAGUAUUACACUCAUGUCAACUUUUUCCUUCCAUUUGCUUAUGUCAUGAUUUUGGGUUUCUUUUUCACUGAACCAACAGAACAGACAAGUGUAUUACAUAGAGAUCAAACAGAUGAAUGGAAGGGUUGGAUGCAGUUAAUCAUCUUAAUUUACCAUUUUACUGGAGCAAGCCAAGUUUUGCCAAUCUACAUGCAUAUUCGAGUUUUAGUCUCUUCAUAUCUCUUCCUCUCAGGAUACGGUCAUUUCACAUAUUUCUGGCAGAAAGGAGAGUAUGGUCUCUUCCGCUAUUGCCAGCGUGGGUGUUGCCAUAUUUCCCUCUAUUGGCAUACAAGAAAGAAAAGUAUUCACCGCCUUCUAGAAGUUCUGUUUCGAUUGAAUUGUUUUGUGUUCACUUUGUGUUUUGUGAUGGACAGAGCCUACCAGUUUUAUUACUUUGUACCACUUGUGUCUUUCUGGUACAUAGUUGUCUACAUUACCAUGGCAGCCUGGCCCCAUGUCUCCAAAUUGACCGUAGAAUCUAACUUCCAUUAUCUCUACAUGGUCUCCAAGUUUAUUCUCUUGGCAGUGUUUAUCACCUUAUUUUACCUUUCAGAAGUCUUCUUUGAAAAAGUCUUUUUGUCCCGACCUUUUAAAGCUUUAUUUGUGACUUCUGAUGACUCUAUACGAGAAUGGAGGUUUCGUUGGCAGCUGGACAGAUACAGUACCUUGUAUGGCAUGUUAUUUGCUUUUGGUUACCAGUUACUAAUCAAGUACCGAAUAAUAGAUGACACAACACGAGAUACUCUUUUUUCAAAAGGAGCAUCCUGGCUUUUGUGCAUAUUUUCUAUACUUGGUAUUACUGGCUAUACAGUAUUUGCCUGUGUGUGUCGUACAAAACCACACUGUAAUGAUGUUCAUUCCUACUUAACAUUUUUACCUAUUAUUUCUUAUAUCAUACUGAGGAAUGUCCCAGGCUGGCUUCGGACAAAAUACAGUACAUUUUUUGCUUGGUUUGGGAAAAUAUCAUUAGAGUUAUUCAUUGCUCAGUAUCACAUCUGGUUGGCAUCGGACACUCAUGGUAUUUUGGUGUUAGUUCCUGGCUACCCAGUUCUCAAUGUGGUUAUCACUUCAUACAUUCUCGUCUGCAUCUGCCAUGAAAUUCAUUGUAUUACCACAGGGCUGGUGAAGUAUGCAGUGCCCAGUGACUGGAAAAUGUUACUACGGAAUAUCGUUCUCUUUGUGGCCAUUCUGCUACCAGUCUCAAUUAAAGAAGGGGCUCUUGUGUUGUGAUUCUAUAUGGUAAAGGAGCUUAUAUUGAGCACAUCUGUGAUGUUGAUAUUACCAACAGUUUCUCUAUGGAGUACAAAACUACAGAGAGAGAUGGAAAGAGAAGAAAACAUACCUGGGUGAAACUCUUGCACAGAUACCUGUGUACCUGUGUGAGUGCAUAACUCUAAUUGUAUGUCUGAGGACGUACUUGUGCAUAUGUGUUCAAACACAUAUACACAGAUACAUGAGUGCAUUUUUUUUUUGUAAGUGUAUGUGUAUGCGUGUGUUGGUUGAGAAUGAAAGCAGAAAUAUCUGCUGGCAUUUGUGUUGCUGGUCGCAUGAGGGGUUCCUCCUACUCAGCGACCAAUUUCAGACAAACCCACAAUCAAUUCACUUUCCUCAGAGUCCAGGUUAAUUGGCAGAAAGUCAUCAAAACUUGGUCUAUUUAUUUGUGUACAGACUAUUUGUGAUUUGAUACUGAACAUAUUUGAUAUAAAUUUGUGCAGAACUGAAGUUUGGUGAAGUACUGAGAGAGAAAGCAGGAGAGGAAGAAAGAAAAAGAAAAAAGGAAAAAAAAGAGA